UAUUUUAUUAAAGUCUGUAUUUAGUUUAUAUCCUGACUUGGUCAAGAACAGAUAAAGGUAGCAGUAUGAUGUUUAAUAGCGGAGUGUUUGUCGACGUUGACCUUGAUAAAGGAACUGGAAACUACAUAGAAGAAACCGACAGUGACUUCGAAACAGCUAUAAAUUACGCCGGUGUUGGAAAGUUCCAAAAAAUUCUGCUAUGUGUUAGCGGAGCGGUUUACGCCACCUGUGCCAUAAGCUCAACAACGUUGUCGUUCGUUUUACCUUCGGCGGAAUGCGACUUUGAUUUAUCCUCGGCUGAUAAAGGCCAUUUAUCAGCAAUGCCACUGGUUGGUAUGCUUUUUGGUUGCUGUCUUUGGGGCUCUCUAGCAAACUCACACGGUAGAAAAAUCGCAAUACUCACUUCACUAAUGAUGGACUUUUUUGCCGCAGUAAUUUCCUCUCUAGCUCAAAGUUACACAUUGUUUUUGGUUUGUAGGUUUUUCAAUGGUUUUGGAAUCAUUGGCGCAACAAGUCUAAUAUUCUCAUACAUGGGAGAAUUUCUGUCAGUGAAGCACAGAGACAAAUAUUUGGGUAAACUUGAAAUUUUCUGGAACAUUGGAGUCCUAAUUUUGCCAGGUGUGGCGUGGGCUUUGUUGAACAAAAAAACAGUGAAAAUUUUCGAAGACGGCGGAAAUUUCAGCCCCUGGCGGAUUUUCGUUUUGGUCUGCAGCUUACCCAGCAUAAUCAGCGCAGUCUUGAUUUAUUUUCUACCGGAAACCCCAAAGUUUCUGAUGACCAAAUGCAAAUACGACAAAGCUAAGUUGGUGUUUCAACGAAUUUACGCUUCCAAUACCGGAGAUAAAAUGGAGUAUUUUCCUGUCAAAACCCUUGAAGGUGAAGACAAUAAUAACUCAUCAAUCACAAGCAGUAAACUGAACAAUACUUCUUAUAGGCAUCAAAUGACUGAUAGUAUUUCAGACUCAUUUAAAAUAGUUAAAAAUUUAGCUACGCAGCAGUAUUUUAAGUAUUUAACUAUUACAUGUUUAGCUGACUUUGGCUUAAUGGCAAGCUACUACACUUUAGUAAUGUGGUUUCCAGAAAUCUUCGAUCGAUUCAGUCAGUACAACCAAAUGUACCCGAAUCGAACUGUAAGCGUUUGCAAAGUAUCUCAAGUAAACGUAACUUCACGCAAUCUCAAUAACGAAAUCUGCCAGCCUUUCAUUGAAGACAAAGUAUUUUUAGACACUGUGAUAAUAGGACUUAGUUGCAUCCCUACGUCAGCUUCACUCAGCUAUUUUAUGUACAAAAUUGGCAAAAAGGCAGUACUAGUUUCCAGUUUAAUAUUAUCAGGAAUAGCCACGUUAUCAUUAAAUUGGGUAACAACUGCCAAUGAAACUUUAAUAGUUUCUUGCAUCUUUGAAGCUUUGACCAGUAUUUUGGAAGCAGUACUUUUCUGUGUGGUGGUAGAUUUGUUUCCUACAAACUUGAGAGCUAUAGCUUUGACAAUUACGGCUACUUGUGGCAGGUUUGGUGCUAUUUUUGGUAAUAUUUUGUUUGGUGCGCUCAUAGAUGUUAACUGUGUGAUACCGAUUUAUUUGUUUGGGUUUUUGCUGAUUGUCAGCGGAUUACUUUGUGUUGCAGUGCCCAGAAACGAAGACUAUAUCACUAUACAUUAGGAAUUAUUUCCCGAUUCGUUGUUUUUAUUUGUAUAUACGUUGAUUUAUUUUUUAUAUAGGUGAUAAUUGUGAUUGUGAUUGUUUUUUUAUAAAUAUUGUAAAUGUUUUACUUAUUUUAAUAAUAAUUACCAAAUGUCGAUUAAUGAUUUGCUGUUGUCCAACUUUGAAGCUAAAUUUCCAAAAACUCUAGAGAAUCAUGUUUAUGUAUAAUAGAUAGGAAUCAGGAAUCAGAGGAUCGUACCCAUUGUACUUUUGGAUUCAAAUUUCUAGAAGCUAGAGUAUCUAGAGGACUGUUGGAUUCUUUAAAAAUAAUGAGAGUGGACUGUAGUUUUUUUUAUUUACAUUUAUUUACACGACAAUUUACACUAUUUACAAUUUCUUGUUUUUUAUGAGGAAUAAGUCACUUACCGAACACUUGACAAGCGG